AUGGCGACAUCAUGUCCAACGCUCCCCUUUGAUGAAGCACGGUGGAUCAUCCGAAUUCGCCGGAUCUUCGAUGAGGAGAUCGAGGUCUAUGAGGAUCAGCCCAUCUGCGUGUUUGAUGUCCCCAAGCCUCUGCUGAGCACGAAACCUGAAGCUUACAUCCCUCAGCUGGUGGCCCUUGGCCCAUACCACCAUUGCCGCGAAGAACUCUGUGACAUGGAGAGGUACAAGCUCUCGGCGGCAAAGCGAGCCCAGAGCCACCUCCCGGGCAUGGACUUCCAACGGCUUGUUGAUGUCUUCACGAAACUAGAGCAUCUAGUUCGUGCUCACUAUCACAGGCAUCUGAAUCUGAGCAACGAGGCACUAGGGUGGAUGAUGGCCAUCGACGUGUCCUUCCUCCUCGAGUUCCUGCAGACUUUCAGCAAGAACAACGGUAACCAGCAGAGAGCGCUGCAGAGGAUCCCCUCCAGGAUGUCACAUUUGGUAGACCCCUCUCGCAGGACAUCCUCGCAUAGCAUGCUGCUCCGCGACGUAGUCAUGCUGGAGAACCAGGUCCCUCUCUUCCUGCUCCUGAAGGUGAUCGAGUCCUGGUGCUCAACGGCGGCGGCGCAACCGCCGGCGCAAUCCGUGCUGAGCUCCAUGCUGGUUGGGUUCUUUCAGGAGGUCUCCACGUUCAGAGGGAUUGGCCGUCCAUGCACCGACGCCAAUCGGCAUGUCCACUUGCUUGAUUUCCUCUACUCAAACAUGGUGCCUAGAUGUACUGAAGAAUCACAUGGCACAGAAGAAGGAGGAGACGAGUCGUGCCAUGAUCACAGAAAGAGUACACUGAAUUCAGUCAUGGACUUGCUCGUCAGUCGUGGCUCAAAGAUCGUGUCAGUGAUAGUAGAUUUCCUGCUGAGGGUUCUCCUCAAGUUUAUAGCCAGCCUUCCUUGCCUCUCGGUGCUCGGAGAACCCAUCGAGCAGCUGACGCAGCACGCGGCCGAGACAAGCGGCGGCACACCAGGUGCUCAGGACAAGGACAGAUCGCCUCUGCUCGAAGAGAUCGCGGUGCCAUCCGUCGCCGAGCUAGCGUACACCGGCGUCAGGUUCUGCCCGACUGUCGGCGACCUCUCCAUGGUCGACUUCUGCCCGGCCACCGCGACGCUGCACCUCCCGGUGAUCGGCGUCGACGUCAACAGUGAGGUGGUGCUGCGGAACCUGGUGGCGUACGAGGCGGCGGCGGGGCUCGGGCCGCUCGUCCUCGCGCGCUACGUGGAGCUGAUGAACGGGAUCAUCGACACCGAGGAGGACGCGCGGAUGCUGAGGGAGUGCGGCGUCGUGCUGAACUACCUCAAGAGCGACCGGGAGGUGGCCGAGCUGUGGAACGGCAUGACGAGGUCCGUGAGGUUGACGAGGGUGCCCGCGCUGGACAAGGUCAUCGACGACCUCAACAGGCAUUACGGCGGCUGCUGGAAGGUGAGGGUCAGGACGUUCGUGAAGGCGCGUCUCCUUGGCUCCAGGGAGCUGCUCGCCUGUGUCGCCGUGGUCUUGCUCUUCCUCUUCGUUGCCCUCCAGGCGUUCUGCGUGCUUCGUGGCUGCGUCCCUAUCUCGUACGGGAUGGCCAGCAGAAAAUUUGGCGCCUCAUGA